UAAGAACUUCAUCUUUUACUUUAUUUCCUUUAGAUUAACUAAUACCGAAGCCUCGCCUUUUUUAAAAUAUUUUUAUAAACCUUCAUAGCUAAAAGUUGUCAUGGCUACAAGUAAGAAAAGAAAACUAAACGUAUCUGAACCUCCACAAGUUAUGAGCGCCUUUGCUCUUCGCAAAAGAUUACUCAACCAGCAAAUCGCCAAUUCACCACCCAAUAUAGACACAACCAAUGAGACUACAUCAACUCCCGAAGCCCCAUCAACAUCAGGUACUUCAGGUACUUCAGAAAAUGGCACUCCUCGAAGCCUCAGAAAGACUAGAAGAAGUCUAAAAACUCAACAACAGUCGAGUACUGAUAAUGAGCCUAGCACUAAUGUGAAAGUCAUAUUACCGGAAAUUUCAUCUCCACUAAAAGAUACCUCUAUUAUCUCUGGUCAUCCUGGUGGUUCAUCUAGAAGUCCGUCACCCUCUAUAGACGGUGAUGAGAUAUUGGUAAAGCCGACUAAUUCGUUACCAAUCCAUCUCUCCACCUUCAAACCAUCUAAGAGCAACUACCAAAAACGAAGAGAUGGAAGGAUAUUACUAAAGCUAUCUGAUGGUGAUCGUUUGGUGAUUCUCGGUAGCUAUGGCAUACGAGUGACAUCUGGUGAAAUAACUCUUAAUGGUGCCACGUUAAGGAAUUCGGAAAGGGUGCACUGGGUGGAUGCACCGCAUUGCCAUGCGCUACCUGUUCUUAGGUGUCCGGAUAAUGCCAGCUUGGAAUUACUCCCCCAUCCCGUCGCCGCUGGCCUGGGAGGCUUAGGGAGGCUUGCUCCUCAGUUCCGGAAGCUUUGGAAUGAGCCUGAUGCGUUAUCAAAUAAGAAAACCAGGUCGCCCGACCCAACAUUCACAAUACUAUACACCUCAGCGGAUGGUCCAAAGAAGACAAUGCUACAAAAUCUAGUAUCUCCGCCGGAAUGGAAUAGGGAGAUUGCAAAAUUAGUCAAUCUAUCUAGCUCGAAACCCUGCUCCUUUAUGAUAACAGGACCAAAGUCUUCUGGAAAAUCCACAUUUGGCAAGCUGCUUGCCAACCGACUUGUUACAGAUCAGUUGAAUACCACUAAACGCAGACUUCACCGGGGAGUAGCCGUGCUAGAUCUUGAUCCGGGGCAACCUGAAUAUUGCGUCGCCGGCCAAGUCGCUCUUGUACUCCUAACUGAACCUGUGUUUAGUCCCUCAUUCUGUCGUCCUCUUCCUUGUCCAGAAAUCCAAAUCAUUCGAUCGCAUACAUUAGCAUCCAUAUCUCCAGCCUCAGAUCCGGAACUAUAUCUCGAAGCUGCAAUGGAUCUUAUGACACAUUAUCGGAAUGUUUUAGGACGUUAUCCCCUCAUCAUAAAUACUCCGGGGUGGAUCCAAGGGACCGGGCUUGACCUUCUCACAUCACUCAUCACAAAUUCACGGCCUACGGAAGUGUUGUAUAUGUCCGAGUCCGGCCCAGCCGAAGUAGUAGAGACGCUACAGGAAUUUUGCAAAACUACUACUUUUACUACGCUCCCUUCCCAGGCCUCUAAAAUCAGCUCGAGAACGUCAGCACAUCUCCGUUCAAUGCAAACUAUGUCAUACUUCCACGCCGAGCAACAGAGUUCUGCUGUUGAUGGAUGCUGGAUGCGGUGGAAUAACAAGCCAUUGACAAGUGUACCUCCUUGGCAAAUCAGUUAUAGAAGCCAUGACCGAGGAAUAUUCGGGAUCAUGUGUUAUGAUUACCAAACCCCGGUAGAUCUGCUAGCUGAUGCCAUCAAUGGAACAAUCGUUGCAAUUGUAGCAGUCGAAAGUGUACAAGCUUUCAGGCAUUCCGAAGAGAAUGCUACACUGCCUGGCGAUAUUACUUCCGAUACAAUGGAUAUAGAUGAGGCCGAUGAAGGGCCCCAGAAAUCCAUGUCACCGUCUUUUUCAAGCUUGGAAAAAAAUACCAUCAUUAGGACUCCCGAGGGUAUUCCGUUUAUAGACACUACAAACGGAAUCACCCUUGACCCGAAAUUUUCCCACUCUCUUGGCCUAGCCCUUGUUCGUGGAAUCGAUGUCGAAAAUGGCUUGCUCCAGAUUUUGACGCCUUUGGGAGCUGAGAGGAUAGAAGAGGUUACAUCGAGAGGGUGCGAAAUCGUGCUUGUCAGUGGCAAAUUUGACACGCCGAGCUGGGCUUAUACCGAGGAGCUAUAUUACCGGGCUCAUGAAGAGGUAGACGACGGCACAGAUGCGGACGAGACGAUGGAUACUGAAGAUACUCCUGGUGGUAUCUCUGAGGCUGAAAAUAACGGUUUGGCAGGGUCCACGGAUGCAACUUCGGUGCCGUGGGUAGAGGUGUUGCAUGGAAACCAGAAACGUGGCGUCGGCUCGAAAGUCUGGCGAGUGAGACGCGAUUUAGGCCGUUCUGGCAAUGGUAAUUAAGAUAUAUUGAGUUCUGAAAAUCAAUAAAUUCAGCUCAGACUCUCAUGAGCCCUUAUAA